ACAGAGACUGGUGAAGAGACUCAACCGUCAGCGAAACCUCCAACUCAUUUAACGGAUAUUUAUACACCUGUAGGGCGCUCCUCGCCGACAGCUAGACCCCUCGGUGAAAUUCUGGAGGACUAAAAUCGGUUUAUACGAUUUAUUAAGCGAGUUUUGACCCCACAUUAUUCAUUGAACUCAAAAGGAACGCGCUGAAUUCAGAGAGGCGCACGUAAACCUGAAGUUUUUGUACUCGCCGAGUCGAUCAAGGGAACCAGAGCUUGCUCGUAACAGUUUUAUCUGAAGUGAUUGUCAGUGGACUGUUUCGGUAGAUUUUUCGCGAUCCUAAGCUGACCGAGUUAACAAACGGACAACAGACAAAUUGGUCAAGGCAAGAUGGACUGUCCUCCCUUCUCCCUGAAGAACAUGUCAAGACUGUUUAGCGCACUCUUUCUCCUAUUUGUUCAAGGGUCAUUGGCUCAGCGAGUGAGGGUGGAGCCAGAAGUCGUGUCAUAUCCAGGUCAGACGGUGACACUGCGGUGCCAGUUUCCAAACCCGGGCGGGACCCAGCUCACUCAGGUGUCAUGGAUCCUUGAACCCUCCGAAGGAGAGCGAACCAACAUUGCAGUUUUCCAUCCAAAUUUUGGGGUCAGUUACCCAACCCAAUCCCCUGUUGCAGGGCGUGUCAGUUUUUUGUCAAACUCGCCUUCUCUGGACAAUCCGUCCAUUCAAAUCAGAGAUGUGAAAAUGACUGACGAGGGCCGAUACAUCUGCGAAUAUGCCACCUACCCUUCCGGCAAUGAACAGGGCGUCUCUUCGUUGAUCAUGCUGGCUAAACCAAGGAACAUGGCUACUACCGUCACAGUUAACGCUGGCAAUACCCCGGUCAUCGUGGCACGCUGUGAAUCGUCCAAUGGCCGUCCAGCAGCAACCAUUUCUUGGACCACAACGGUUAAUGGAAACGCGACGACACCGGUGAAGACGGACAAUUCAGAUAACACGGUCUCCGUCCAGAGCGAGUACAUGUUGAUACCACAACCCUCGGAUAACGGCAAAGACAUCAGCUGCGUGGUGUCACAUCGAACCAUGCCCCAACCCGAGACCUUCCCAAUGAAGCUUACUGUUGAAUAUCCUCCCCAGGUGCAGAUUGUUGGGUAUGAUAACAACUGGUACAAGGGUCGGACAAGUGCGUUUUUGACUUGUCAGGCAGAUGGAAACCCCGCCCCCACCACUGUCACCUGGAGAACUUUGUCGGGACUGAUGCCUGACACAGUGCAGGUGCAGGAGAAUCGUCUUGCUGUGGUGAAGGUUGACGACAGCAUCAACACCACCUUCAUCUGUGAGGUCAGGAACAGUCUGGGAUCUGGCAGAGAUCAGGUCACCAUCCUUGUAAGAGAACAAUCUCCUCCCACCUCAAAUGCGGGUGUGAUUGCAGGCGUGAUCUUCGCGUGUCUCCUGGCCGUCUUACUGAUCAGUGGCCUCACCUUCUUCCUGGUUACCCAUAACCGCCGCCAACAACAUGGAUACCGCGGCACUGGCAAGCCAACUGGUGCUCCCUACGACUCCUUUACUCGCCUCUUCGGCUCUGCCAAAUCCAGCAAAAACGGCACCGGAAACACCGGAAACAAUAACACGCCUAUUUACAGAGGAGAGGUGGGGCUUAACGAGAAAGCGGCCAAUCAGGGCAUGCAUCCAGGGGGCGUGACUCUGCUUGAGACUACACAUACUCACACAGCGGAGGAUAUCCUGCUUAGUAGAGAGAUCGACGAUGUAGAAAGGAAGAAAUUCGAUGAACUGAUGGAAGAGGAUGAGCGAUACGACCAUUUCACCGGAGGUGGACCCAUCCUACAGCUCCGUCCACAUGACGAUGAAAUUGAUGAUGAUAUGGAGUCCCAGAGGGACGGCUCUGUGAUCUCAAGGACUGCUGUCUAUGUUUAAGAGGAGAGAGAGGUUCUGUGCUGGUGAGCGAUGGGACUGAAUAAAGAAAUAAAGAAAGAUUGCGAAAGAACACUGGACCUCUUCCAAAAGGAAUGCAUUUCUUCCUCUUAAAGAAUAUUAAUUUUAAUGUAAAAACAAAUUAUGGCAUCAAACACCAUGAGAGAAAGGAUUAAUGGAUGGAUUGAAUUAACGAACGGAUGAAUUAAUACCUGGGGAUAUAGCACAGAUUAAAGCAUUGAAGGAACGGGUAAAGGAAAUAGAGACUACUAAAUGCAUAACUGUCAGGCUUUCAAUUCCUAAUUAUUGCUCUAGUUGCCAUGGUGACACAUUCUGAGAGAACUUUAAUACAAAACUUCAAAUGUUGACUGUGUAAUAUUUAUGAAAUGAACACAUGAAGUUGUAAGUAAUUCCACUGCACUUAUGUAAUCAAAAUUUUAACUAAUCUAUCGAUCAUGAUUUAAGGACUUCAGACUUGAUUCACUCAACACAGUUGAGUUUGGUUAGAGCACACUUAUUCGGCCUCUUCUCUACAUUUCUCGCUCUUUCUUGGCACAAGCUGUGGAAGUUGGCUUUGUGUAUUUGUGUAGAUUUUGAAGGAGUCAAAGAUGGAUGGUGCUUUUUAUCUAUUACACACUAAAUCAAUCAUACUGCUAUUUUCCUGUCUAAUACUGGACUAGCCACGCCUCUGUGACCUUCCUUACUGUAAUUCACCCUCACACACCCAUCCAAGUGUACAGUUCACUCUGAGCCACUCAUUAUACUGCACUCAAUGGCUGAAUCACGUGACUUGAAUCUGGGGCUAAUCAAAUCAAAUGUUAAUGAAUGAUGUGUUCGUUUUCACCCUCAAUCCGUUUUAUCAGGAAAACGAUGUUCUAGAUGUGUUCAAGGCAUCGUGAGUGUGUUUAGGUGGUGAAAGGUUAUUCCUGCACAUUUAUUACUUCCAUAUGCAUUGGAUAAGGACUGUUUUGAUUAACCAUAUUACUGUAAGAAUAAAAACAAGGCAUGUCAGGGUUUAAAUGUCACAUUGUAGGAAGGACUCAUUUAAUAUGUCAAAGUAAAUAUAUGUUACAAAUAUAGUAAAAAAAAAAAAAAAAAGACAUUUUCUUGACAGGCUUUUUGAGAAUCACAAAUAUUGUAAAGUAAUCUGAUAAUAAAAAAGAAAAGGGGUCUAGAUAUUUGAACUAGAAAAUAGUUUUGCAGUGUUAAUUAAUAAAGUGAUAUUGAAUCCAUUUAUGUACAUCUAGCAAAUCAAUAGUUAUAACUAUACUCCACGUCCAGAGUGGUUACCAUGGCCACAUGGCUAAAUAUACCUCUCCUCUAACAGCGCAGUUAUGCAUCACUUAAUCAGUAAUUUCCUUGUUUUAGUGUUGUUCUUCUCAGAUAGGUGAAAUUCACUGCCGAGCAGGGGGGUAUUAAAUGAAGAAGCUCUUUAAUGAGUGAACAAGAGAAAGGUUGUGCAUAUAGUUCAAUGUGAGGUGAUUGUAAACUACUGUAUGUACACAUUUUAGUUUUCUUACAAAUGAAAAAUGUCUAUAAUUCUAAAUGUUAUAAAUAUGGAGACGGGGCGAGAUGGAUAUCCACGUAGAAUGUUGCACAUGUCUUCCACGGCUCUGUGUGUAUCAAUAAGGCGGCUUGAUAUAUAAGAGCAAAUAUCACAUAAUUAUAUCAGUAAUCUAGUGUCGACUGUACUAGUUUCACCUGCUCUAAACAAAGGGUUCUUUAUACACUUUCACAUGGUAAGGCUCUCUAUCGUGUGUGUGUGUGUGUGUGUGUUAAGUGGUGUCUGACUCUAGGGCAGUGAGUUAUUCCUCAACUCUCUCAGGGUCUCAUACACACGUACACAGUAUGAUUUAAACUGGACAUCACACACACACACACACACACACUGUCUCUAAAUCAUUUGUCAGGCCAGCUGCCCUUGAGUCUAUAUGUGUCCCUCUCUGUUUCUGACCAUGAGAGGGCACACUGGCUACUCUAGUGUUGUUUUCCUGGGCUGUCGUCUUGAUUCAUUUGCCCUAUUAAGGCGAUAUCUGGAUCAAUGCCAUUUAAAAGAGUUGUUCUCCUCUUUGAAAAGGUGGUCAGUCUGAAACGGGCCAGUUCAGUCUCAAUCCUGAUACACUGACAGCUCUGAUCUGCCUCCAGCCCGGCAGUGUGACUGGCACUGAAUAGGCCAGGCAUCAACACAUCCUAGUUUACAUCCUUAUUGAAAAGUCAGACUGCAAUCUGUCCUUUCAUGUGACUGGGAGAGUAGAGGAAGUGAUGUCGUCACUCGUGCUCAGAGAGGCAGAGCGUUUUAGCUCCUCAUUAGAUGAGAACGCACUGACCUUCCAGCUCGCCAUCUCCACCAGGAGUUCGGUAAUGAAGGAAUUGAUGCCUUGAGAAUAUUAAGGAAGUCACCUCUGCGGUGGAAGUUUACGUAGAAGACAAGUGAAUUACAAGAGUGUGAAAUCUUAAAGGGACAGUUCACCCUGGAAAUUCUUUCAUUGUUAACUCAUCCUCAUAUUGGUCUAAACACGCAUGACCUUUUUUGCUCCUUGUACGCAAAAAGAGAUUUUAAACAGAAUGCAUGUUUUUUUUUCUUCUAUACGAUGAAAGUGAAUGGUGACUUAGGCUGUCAUUCUGCCUAACAUCUCCUUUGGUGUUUCAUGGAAGAAAAAACAAACAGGUUUGGGACAACAUGAGGGUGAGUAAAUGAUAGCAAAAAUUUUCAUUUUAGGUGAACUCUCUUUAAAUAUGGGAUGUUACAGUCUCCUUAAUGUCGCUGUCUGUCAUUUUCUGGCUUAGAUGUUUUUCAAUUCUUACACACACCCACACACACACAUACAUUUAAAGCCUUAAUAUCACCUGUCACAAACCAUCCUUUCUGUGUAUAUAAUAUAAAUAUAUAAACAUAUGAAGAACAUAAGACAAACAGUGAAGUCACUUCCUUGUGUAUGGACACGUCAGUGCUGUGAGCAUGGAUGCAUAGUUUUGUUUUAAUAUCAGUUGAUUUUACUGAUUUUUUUUUUUUAUCUGUGCUUUAGUUGUUUUUACUCGAGUGAUUUAUUGAUGCCUGUAAUGUGUUUGUGCUGUAAACUGUUGAGCAAUGCUUUCUAACGGACACAGAAACACAUCUGUACUAAAUGCUUAUCCACAUUGCAUUACUUUUAAGUUUUGUUUUGCUUGUCUGAAAAUGUUUUUGAGUUAGUCUUUGUAAUUUUGUCCUUUUUUUAUUUGGUUGCUAUUAUUAAAGUCUUACCGAUAUUUGACAGUGAUCUUGGUAUGUGCUGAAUGUUCUGCGGCUCCAUUAAAUCCCACAUGCUUUGUUUCCCUG